CCUGGUUAUUGACUUUAUUUUUAUCAUUCAGCGAAGAACAAUUAAGCAAGCAAAUAUAAUGUGAUUUUAUUCUAUAUUUCUGCAGUGUCUUUUAGCAUCAUGUUGACUUGAACGACGUAAACUUCUUUAUAACUAUUUUUUCUUAUGUCAUGACAAAAUAAGAACGAACUACAACCGUCUAAUUAGCACUCUGUUUGUAGCUUAGUAGGCUAAGCAUGAGAAGAAUAUAUUAUAUAUCACAUGUUCGCAGGUUCGAAUCCUGUUCAGAGUAUUUUUUUUUCCACUUAUAUCUUUAUACAAAACCUCGGUGGAAUUCUAGAGUACCUCGUCUCAAAACAUGUGCCGUACAAUGUAAUCGACUACGGAGAAUCCAAAUAUGCAGUCCGUUUUCACCGAACUUGUUUCUAAAUUUUCUCUCUCAGUUGAUAUGAUUUGUCCAUAUAGGUAAAAACUGCUGACAAAUCGAAUGAACAUACUUCUGACAUCUUCAGAGAUCCUUCAAAAGUCCCCAGAAAACCUUUCCUCGAAAAACCAUGAUAUAAGCAGAAGCACUUAUAACAUACGUCUUUCUUUAAGAUACUAUCUUUUGCAGCUACACUAACUCGUCGCUGGUCAAAUGUAAAGAUUUCGAAUACAAGCGAUUCAUCUGAUUAUGAAUAUCGAAUGGAUAUUGAUGAUGAAGAAUUGAAUUUUAAAGACAGACUUUUGCUAACCGACAUUGGCGAUUUUGCUGAAAUGUGCAAGUCAAAGUGUGACACGAAAUAUCUUAGCACUUUGCUUUAUAUGUCGUUACGUUUCUUCGACAUUAAAUGGGAAGAUGUCGAUGAGUAUUUGAAGAGCAUUGGUUUUAUAACCACGAAAACUUCUCAUAAAUGCGCAACAGUGUUUAUCAAAGGAGAUUAUGAAGAGUUUUCAAAUGAUUUACGUGGUGGUAAACAAACUGAUUCAUUUAUGAUAAAAUAUUGGUACUCGGUGUCCGGUAGAGAAAAUCGAAUAUGUCGAUGA